AUGUCCAGCGAAGCCCACUACAUUGACGUCGCGACGCCCAAGGCCGGCGCCGACAUCCUUGUCGACGUGCCCAAGAUCACACUCGAAUGGAAAAAUGUCUCCAAGGUCGUCAAGAUCAAAAACACAGCCACGAAGCAAGUCGAAGACAAGGUCAUCCUCAACGACCUCAGUGGCAUCGCGGUGCCUGGCGAGCUGGUCGUCAUGAUGGGCCCGUCCGGCGCCGGCAAGUCGUCGCUCCUCGACGUCAUCUCGGGCCGGCAGAAGGACUACACGGGGUCGGUUCUGGCCAACGGCCAAAAGUGGACCAAGCAAAUGAACAAGUACGCGUCGUACGUCAUGCAGGACGAUGUGUUCUACGAGACGCUGACU